AUACGGAGGUCUUGAAGGUGUGCGAUCGCUACCGUGACGAUGUGCUGCCUGAGUUGGGCAUCCGAAUCGAAGACAAACCCAAUGAGAGGGCAGUGGUCAAACUAGUCGAUCCACAGGAACUGCGCAAAGAGAGAGAGCGUGAAGAGCUGGAGAGGGCAGCUAAGGAAGAGAAGAAGGCGGCUCAGAGAAAGGCCCAG